AUGGAAAUUAACACGCAGAACUCAAUAUUAAAUCAUUAUUUCAAAACAUCACAACCAACACGACAACAUCAAGAUGAUCUGAGAUGGAUAAAUAAAUUUAAUGAAAAUUUUGAAAAUAAGUUGAUAAAAAAGCACGAUAAGAAAAUAAAACUAUUAAAAGAAAAACAAGUGCAACCACAAUCAACAAAACCACAAACAACAAAACCGAUGAAUUCAAAAAUAACAUAUGAUACAUCAAAUGUUAUUAACAUAUCGAAGAUUCAUUUAAGUCAACAACAAUUAAAAGUAAUAUCAAAAGGAUUAAAAUUUGUUCCAACACCAACAUCAAUUAAUACAAUAACAACAGUGGUAAAUUGUGAAAAAUCCUUAUUUUCGACAUCAAAAUUAAUAAAAAGUGCAGCAAUAUCAGAAAUAUCAACAUUUAUUCAAAAAUGGAGAAAACCUACUAAAUUCAAUAUGAAUAAAGAGGAAGUAAAAUUAUUAAAAGAAAUAAAAACAAUUGAAGAUAUUGUUAUAGUUCAAGCUGAUAAAGGUGGCAAAAUAGUUGUUAUGAACAAAAACGAUUAUUUUAAUAAAAUUGAAGAAAAAUUAAAUGAUUUGAACGUUUAUGAACAAGUGAAAAAAGAUCCAACAACAAUAAUCAAAACAGAAAUCAACAAAAAGGUUACCAAGAUGUUAAAUCAAAACAAAAUUACAGAUCAAAAUAAAUAUUAUUUAACAUCAAUCGAUGAUCUUCCUAAAAUUCGUGGUCAACCUAAACUACAUAAAAUUGAUACUCCGAUGAGAAUUGUUACUUGUUCACGAGACACAAUAACAUCACCAAUCUCUCAAUUCAUAUUUAGAAUAAUUAAAGAAUUAAGAACAACUUUAAAUGGUGUGGUAUGUAAUACAUCAAAGUUUGUCAAAAUUAUUUCAGAUGUUAAAUUAAAUCAAGACGAACAUUUAGCAAGUCUUGAUAUUCAAGAUUUAUAUACAAACAUACCAGUUAGCAAAGCCAUCGAUAUUACAUUAAAACGACUUGAUGAAUCCAAGAAAUUGGAUAAUUUACCAUUUACCAAAACUGAUAUUAAAGAGCUGCUAAAUUUAGCCUUAAAGAACAGCUAUUUUCAAUUUAAUGGUAAAUUUUACAAACAAAAAACAGGUUUACCUAUGGGUAAUACAUUAUCACCAAUACUAGCCGACAUAUACAUGGAUGAAUAUCAAAAACAACAUUUACAUGAAGUAAACAUUCCAAAUAAAAUAUGGAGAUAUGUUGAUGAUAUUCUAAUCAUUACAAAAAUGAAUAAACCACAAUUGGAAAAAUAUGUAUAUGAUUUAAAUAAAAUAUGUGGAACAAUUAAAUUUACCUCAGAAUUUGAACAAAAUGAUCAAAUAAAUUAUCUUGAUACAAUGUUAACAAAAACAAUAAUAAAUAAUGAAAUAAUACUUAAAUCAUGGAAAAUCCAUCAAAAAUAA